AUGACUCUAAACAUUUCCAGGCACUCUUUUGUUGACUCGAACACACGCAGCCAUCAGCAAUGGUACCCAAGAGAUGUCCUAGAAAUUUGCAGAGAUGGCCGCUGCGUUGGCUACGCCCACACCAAGCGUCGCAAGUGCCGAAUGCUCAUAGGUUCUUAUUCCGUGAGUACGAUGAACGAAAUCCUAGACGAGAUGUCAAGGCAACUUCCCGAUCCUACAAUUCUACGGCCUCAACUCCGAAGUCUUGCUAGCUAUGGACUCUGUGGACAAUUCCAUCGAGGACAGGCUGAUUCCAUGGUGUGCAAAUGGAGCAGCAUGAUAUACGCAGCUUUCCCU